GACCGACAUUUGUUCUUUCUUUCAAUAACAAUGGACAGCAACUUGAUAGAACUUACUUCAGAAGACGGUUUGAAGAAUCUUAUCGAGAAAAACAAAGGUUCUGUAAUAAUUCUUGAUUUUUGGGCAACAUGGGCCCAGCCAUGUUCUCAAAUGAAUGAAGUUUUCGCGGAACUCGCUGGUAAAAAUAGUUCAGUAAACUUUGUCAAGAUUGAGGCUGAGAAAUUCCCCGAACUUUCGGAAUCCUUUGAAAUCGAAGCGGUUCCAGCCUUUAUAGUUCUCAAGAACGGAAAAAUCGCAGAACGUAUUAAUGGUGCAAAUGCACCGGAACUUACAAAUGCAGUUGCUAAAUACGCUAAGGUUUCAACGUUUGUUACGGGCAAACCAGUUGCUACGAGCGAAAAAAAAGCAGUUGAUUUGAAUACACGUCUGAAGGAAUUGCUCAAUUCCUCUCCUGUUAUGGCAUUUAUUAAAGGUACACCUACUCAACCACGUUGUGGAUUUUCAAGGAAACUCAUUGAGAUUUUUAAUGAAAAUCAAGUCAAAUUUAGUUCUUUCAAUAUUCUGGCUGAUGAAGAAGUUAGACAAGGUUUAAAAGAAUAUUCCAAUUGGCCAACUUACCCCCAGGUUUAUAUUAAUGGAGAGCUUGUAGGUGGUUUAGAUAUUAUUAAAGAAUUGGUUGCCAAUGGAGAAUUCAAAGGCAUGAUUCCAAAAGAAAAGGACUUAAACGAACGACUUAAAGAACUAACUACUAAGGGUAAUGCGAUGAUUUUUAUAAAGGGUUCACCGGAGGCUCCGCGUUGUGGUUUUUCAAAAACGUUAGUUAAUAUGUUGGAUGAAAAGAAAAUCAAGUAUGAAUACUUUGACAUAUUACAGGAUGAAGAAGUUCGACAAGGGUUAAAAAAAUUUGUAGAUUGGCCAACAUAUCCGAUGGUAUUUAAUAAGGGAGAGUUGGUUGGUGGAUUAGAUAUUAUUAAAGAACUGGAUUCUAGUGGUGAAUUAGAUACCAUGUUUGCUUUAGAGAAAUCAAUUUGAUUUAUGUAAUUUAGUUUCAAUCAUUUCAAAUUAUUUAAAUUGAAUCAAAAGAAAAUAAAUAAUAUAAUUUUCAACAUUGUUUGUUAUCAUAAACGAUAUGCAAGAAAUUCUGCGGAUCCUAGUGAUACAAGAAGCUGCAUCUCGAUAACCAAUCAUGAUCGGAUUUAUAUUAGUUAAUAGGUAGGGGUUAAAGAAAUAAACAAUGACAAAGUCCUAGAAGGUUUCUUCUUUGGUUUGUUAAGAAGCUUGCCUAAUCAACUUUCAACUUAAUAAAUAGUUAGCAUAUAUAACAAAUAUACAUUUUUUUUUAAAAAAAACCACUUUAAAUAAGAAUGUCCGAAGUAGAGAAUUCUCUAAAUGCUCUAGGAGCACAGACUUUAUUUUCAGCUAUGACAGAAGGCACGAGUUCAUUUAAUCAACAACAACAACAGUAUC